AUGUCAGAUGACCGCCAGGAAUCAGUGCACGUUGAGGUGAGUUUAAAUAUGAGACCGAAUCGAUCAAACAAGUUGCGCGAGAGUCGUGUUAAUAGAGAGAGGGGUUUGAAACAAACUCUCCGAGAUCUCGCAGCUACAGCCAGGGCCUUCAAGCAUCUUCAACAAGGUUUAUCCAUCGAUGAAAAAGGUCAGUCAACAUUUCGAAACAAAUAAAAUAAACAACUCUAAUUUUAUUUUUAAGGUGAGACGUCAAGAAAAGAAAAGGAUAACGUCAGAUGA